AUGGGAGACAUGGGAGACCCACCAAAAAAAAAACGCCUGAUUUCCCUAUGUGUUGGUUGCGGCAAUCAGAUUCACGAUCAGUAUAUUCUAAGGGUUUCUCCGGAUUUGGAAUGGCAUGCGGCGUGUUUGAAGUGUGCAGAAUGUAAUCAGUAUUUGGACGAAACCUGUACGUGCUUUGUUAGGGAUGGCAAAACCUACUGUAAAAGAGAUUAUAUCAGGUUAUACGGCAUCAAGUGCGCCAAGUGCAGCAUCGGCUUCAGCAAGAAUGACUUCGUGAUGCGCGCCCGCGCCAAGGUGUACCACAUCGAGUGUUUCCGCUGUGUGGCUUGCAGCCGUCAGCUCAUCCCCGGCGAUGAAUUCGCGCUGCGGGAGGACGGCCUCUUCUGCCGGGCGGACCACGACGUGGUGGAGCGGGCCAGCCUGGGCGCCGGGGACCCCCUCAGCCCCCUGCACCCCGCCCGGCCGCUGCAGAUGGCAGGUACAGCCCACACCCGGUGCCGUGGGACCCCGCGGGGUACGGAGCUGCCUGGCCAGACUCCUGGCGGAGGGGUGGGAGGGAGUCCUGCCGCCUUCUGCGGCUUCCGCUGUCCCGAAGCUGCGCACCCGCGGAAAGGCGGCGGCGGUGCUCCCAACGACCGGAGCUGCAGAGGGUCUGGAUGCGGCGGGAAACGGCUGCGUAUGCUGUACGCAUGA